AUGAGGAGAAAGAUAGUGGAAGAGGAGGAGAGACGAGAGAAAUUGUCGGAGGGUUUCGAGCAGAGGAAGGCGGAGAAUGAGGCCAGGAGGGUGUUGGAGAGACAGCGAGAGGAGCAAUAUAAAAAAGAGCAGUUAAAGCAGCAGCUCGAGAGUGAGAGGCUCACUCAGCUAGCGCUCUCCCAACGGGCAGCAACCCCUCCCAGAACGCCUGAACCGAUUCCUCAAAUCCAAGAACAGAGCCAUCCAGCACACUUGCAGGGUAUAUCGGACCAGGUAAUUAUUUUAUUUAUUAUUAUUUAUUAUUGUAUAUGUAAUAUUUAUAAUUAUAGUAUAUAA